UCCAUGGCCUACUUUAUUAGGAGCCACACACGGUCACACUGACUGUAAACCAAAAUCCUGAAACAUUAAUUUAAUUUUUCCGCAUCCAUUUUAAGAGAAACAAAUAUAGCAAGAUGCCCGAUGCCGAACAAUUACCCGAGGGAUGGGAGAAGCGCACUAGCCGCUCAACAGGGUUGAGCUAUUACCUGAACGUGUACACAAAGGAGUCGCAGUGGGAUCAGCCCACGGAGCCGGCCAAGAAGACCGGUGGUGGUGGAUCCGGCGGCGGGGCCGGCGACUCACCGGACGAGGUGCAGUGCCUGCAUCUGCUGGUGAAACACAAGGGCAGCCGUCGGCCUAGCUCCUGGCGGGAGGAGAACAUUACCAGGACAAAGGAGGAGGCCCAGCUGCUGCUGGAGGUGUAUCGCAACAAGAUUGUCCAGCAGGAGGCCACCUUUGACGAGCUGGCACGCUCCUAUUCCGACUGCAGUUCCGCCAAGCGGGGCGGUGAUCUUGGCAAGUUUGGCAGAGGUCAAAUGCAGCCGCCAUUUGAAAAGGCUGCCUUUGGUUUGAACGUUGGCCAGCUAUCGGGAAUCGUGGACACUGACUCGGGACUGCACAUUAUCUUGCGCAAAUCGUAAAAAACUCGUCGACUUACAACAACAAUAGCAGCGACAACUGUGUCAUCGCAUAAAUAAAACUUAAUUUACAGUCAUUUCUCAA